GUAGAUGAUGUACUGUAGCAUAGGUAGAUGGUAGAUGGUGGACGCUACAACAUCAGUUUGAAUCUUGAAUGCUCGAGAUACGACGAAAAUACGACAAAAUAUUAUUUUCGCACACUGUCAAGAAACAUUUAUCAGGGAUUAACUGGUCCAGGGAUUUUUGCAAAUAGUUUGGAAAUGUCUUCCCAGGAGCUUCCAUCCUUGUCCCAAGACCAAAAAGACCGUAUCACAAGAAACCGUGAAGCUGCACUCCAACGUCAGAGAAAACGAGUAGAAGAUGCUGAACUGGAAUUUCUUAUCGAAAAUGAGGCUCAAAUCAGAGAGGAAGAAAAAGAAGCCCGACUUCGAAAUUCCUUUGAUGGAUUUGCUCAUAAUGCAGAUUCGGACGGUCCACCCAAAUCUAAAAAGGCAAAGAUUUAUCAUGAUGCAAAGGAAUCCCAACUCUUUACAGACAUGCAAAACGUAGUCAAUGAAGGAUCUGUUGUGAGGAUUCAAGGGACCAAGGUUAUCGACACAGGGGGUGGAUUUUUGAUUGAAGAGGGCGACUUGGUGGAACAAGAAGAACAAGAGAAGGUACUUUCGGUACAUCCAGCGGCCUUUGUUCCCACAGACGCUCCAAAUUGCCAAGAUUGUGGGCUUUCUUUCUCAGAGUCGUAUCUCCUCCUUAAUUUCGACCAUCCGGUGUGUGAUCGCUGCAAGGAUAUGGAUGACAAGCAUAAACUCAUUACAAGGACUGAUUCUAAAAAUGAAUUUUUGCUGAAAGAUGUGGAUCUUGAUCGACGAGAGCCGAUUCUGAAGUAUAUUUCAAGACCAAAUCCGCAUAAUAAUAGAUGGGGAGACAUGAAGUUGUAUUUGAGGCUUCAGGUAGAGAAAAGAGCUAUUGAAGUAUGGGGCUCUCUUGAAAGUAUUAAUGAACAACUGGAAUUACGAGAGGAAAAUAGAGCAAAAACAAAAAUUAAAAAGUACAACAAAAAAAUGAAAUCACUGCGAAUGACAGCGAGAAGCAGUUUGUACACACGAGAUUUAGGACCUCAUGAGCACUUGUGGGGUCCUGAUGUUUGUGUAAAUGAAGACGAAGAUUUGUAUACACACCAGUGCACCGACUGUGGUCAAGAAGAAACUUUCGAAAAAAUGUAAUUGGAAUCGUAAAUCUGAAAACUUGCAGCAUUUUAAUAUUUUAAUUAGACGCAAAGAACGUGUUUAUUAAAUUGUACAUUUAGCUACAUAUAUAGUAACAAUAAUAUUGGACAGUACUUAAAAAGCGUGUUAGUUAGUUGUUAUGAUUUGUGCUUGAAUAAUUUCGCGAUUGUAUUCCUGGAAUCCUGAUGGUAGGCCGGAGAUUGGGAUAAUAUCCAAUAUAGCUGGUAAAUAUUUGUCAGCACAGCUAUCAAAAAUCUGUACCUUCUGCAACGUUGUCCCAGUCAAAAGAGGUUUAACCAUUGGAAAAAUGCAGUUCAAAACCCAUGGAGCUAGAUGAAUAUAUUUAAUUAAACAAGGUUCAAAAAUA